AUGUUGGGACACAGCAAGUUAAACCAUGUCCAGAUGGAGACGUGUCUCUGUGAAGUUGAAGCGGUCAUCAACGGGCGUCCCUUGACAUAUGUGACCGAAGACCAAGACGAUUUGAUCCCAUUAACUCCAUCAAUGUUCAUUCAAGAUGUUACGACUACUGAGUUCCCUGAGAUGAAAUCAAUUGAUGGAGAUGGAUUAAGACAGCAGUAUCGAGGCCUCGUCGCAUUAAGAGAGGAAUUGCGGUCAAGAUUUCGCAAGGAGUACUUGUCGCAGUUAGUUCAACGAGGAAAAGAACUAAACCCCGAAAAGUUUCAAGUUGGAGAUGUUGUUCUGGUCGGCUCAGACAACAAGAAGAGAGUGGACUGGCCGAUGGCUCGAGUGGAACAAUUAUUACCAGGAAAAGAUGGGAAAGUUCGCGUGGCCCGACUGAAGACUCAGAGUGGAUUCUUCGUCCGACCACUACAACGACUUUAUCCUCUUGAAGUUUCGUCCACCCGUGAUCCCCUCUCCAUUACGACGGCUAUCAAGCAAGUAGCGAAGACAGUUUCAGCCAAGAAGACUUCGCAUGGAAUUGAGGAUGAGAAAGCUGAAGUCAUAACCAGAUAUGGAAGAAAAGUUGUGACUCCAGACAGAUUGUGUCAGUGA